CCAUAGGGUGCAGCAGUCACAUGACUAGGGAGGGUUGGACCGUGUCUCCUUGAUGCUCAGCCUGCUGGUGAAGCUCAAGGAGCUGAAGUCUGAAGUUGCUCAUCUCUGAACUCCCUCUGUCUGGGUCACAGAGCUCAACCUGAACCAAAUGUCGGACACAGAGGAAGUAGCGGGCGAGGAGGCUCAAGAGGGAGAAGAUGAAUCCAAACCCAAGCCCAAGUUCAUGACAAAUAUUACAGCCCCAAAGAUGCCUGAAGGUGAAAAAGUAGACUUUGAUGACAUGUACAGGAAGCGACAGGAGAAAGAUCUGGGUGAGCUCCAGGCUUUGAUUGAAGCUCACUUUGUUCAGAGGAAGAAAGAGGAAGAGGAGCUCAUCGCCCUUGUUAACAGAAUUGAGAAUCGUCGUGCUGAGAGAGCUGAACAGCAGAGAAUCAGAGCAGAGAGGGAGAAGGAGAGGCAGGCCAGACUUGCUGACGAGAAGGAGCGCAAGGAGCAAGAAGAGCAGCGUAAGAAGCUGGAUGAUGACGCUAAGAAGAAGAAAGCCCUCUCAAACAUGAGCCAGCAGUACGGCGCCGGACAAAAGAGUGACACCAGGAGAGGAGGCAAGAAACAAACUGAGAGGGAGAAGAAGAAGAAGAUCCUGGCUGAACGCAGGAAGCCUCUCACUGUUGAUCAUCUGAAUGAGGACAAACUUAAGGAGAAGGCCAAAGAGUUGUGGGAUUCACUGAGGGGCUUGGAGUCGGAGAAGUUUGAUCUCAGCGAGAAACUCAAAAGACAGAAAUAUGAUAUUAACCAACUUCUCUGUCGCGUUCAAGACCACCAGAGUGCCAAAGGUCGUGGUAAGGGCAAGAUGGGCCGGGUGAGGUAAAGCUGCUGCGAGACCGAGUCAAGGAAGACCUUCACAGCAGUGGCUGACCUACUUUAAUACUCAAAUUCUGUUCAUUUUCCUGAUGUCUUGGGGUACAUGUCAACCAUCAUGAGAUCAAAAGAAUAAAUACAUCACUUCACCCAC